AUGAAACGUCAGGGCGCCCAGCAAAGAGCAACCCCGACCUCCCUGGAGCAGCCACGUCUGCUAGACCAGCGUCAGCAACAAAAGGAUAACUCCAUGAGACUCGAGGUGGGUAACUACCACAAUCUGCCCAUGGCUCCACAGACCGUGCCUUCGGCUGCUCCGCAUUUCAACCAGUCCCGCCACAACUCCCAGGCGUUUCUUUUCAAUCCAGGCCGCCAGGACCUGAUGCUGACGCUUUUGAACCUGUACCCACUUCCCAAUACCCAGCAGCCCCAGGGUCAGGGCAAACGGCAAGAUCUGAGCUUCCCAAGCUACUACAUGGGGCUGCGUGACUCCUUGAGCGGAGCUGCGGGUCUUCCACCUGAAAGCGGACCACCUGGACGCCUCAGAGGCGAUUCCAUCUUUCUUCCUCCUCCGGUGAGUUCCAAGCAUCCUUCUGAAGACGGUCUGGGCCAGCAGAAUGCCCAGGCUCAGUACCAACAGCAGUUCCCAGGGCAGCUGCGUUCCAACAGCAUUUUCAGCUCGUUGAUCCAGAUCCCAGGGUCGUCGCUGAACCUGGUGCUGGAGCCAUCAAAAAGUGGAAAUCAGGGCACCGCAAGCCCGAGAAAGAAGCAGCAGGAGGAGUUUCCCACGUACGAUUCCAAGGACUCGAUUGGCCAGAUGUUUGGAUGGUCACAGACGCCGUCGAAGCUGAACAAGGGCUCGAAGCUCUCGUUCGACAUUCUGAAUGCAUUCCUAGAGAACUCGGGCCUCACGGGCUCCAUAGCCGGUGUCUCUAACGACAGCAUCAACGCCUUUUUGGCUAACUUGCAAAACAACGGCUCUGUCGACUUCAAUAGCAUGAACGACCAGCAACGACGUGAUUCGAUUAUCAAGUUCAUCAACGAUCAGCAGCAUGUCGAGCAACCUAGGAAAACGUCUCUGCGGACGACUUUAAGGGAAGACAUAUUUGACAAACUGAGAGGCAGCUCUACGCUGCGUCCCGGUGGUCAGCGCAAGUCGAGUCUAGGCAUGUCUGACCAACGACUUUCCCCACUGUCGUCCAUGUCGUCCAAACUGUCGCAUCGCUAUCAUGACGAACCCCAUUCGCCCAAAACGUCGCCUAGCCAAGUAAAACGUACCUUAGACCCGCAGGAGACCCUUGCUCCUCCCCAUCAACACUAUCCUUCCACAGCCCAUCCAGCAUCCAUCCAGAAGUCUUCGAAUAACAACUUCUACCAAAAUGCUUAUCAACAGUAUCCCGUCUACGACAACAAUGUGCGCUAUCCGGUGCAGCAGAAGCAGCAACAAGAACCCGCUCCACCCCAGAGAAACAUGAAUCCUCAAGUUCAGCAGUACCACCAGAACCAAAUGCCCAUAUACAAUCAGUUCCAGCAACCACAACAGCUUCCUCCACAGUCUCAGCAGCAUCUACCGAACCAGCAACAGCACCCCCAGCAAGAUCAACACCAGCAAAACCAGGGGUUCGAUGUCCAGGGAACUCCAGCCUAUUCUCCCCAGAUGCUCAAAAACGCUCCCCAGCAGUUCUCCCCUGGUAAAAACUACGCUUACGGCAACAUGCAAAAUCAGAGAGAUGCCUAUGCUGUACCGCAACAGGCGAUGAACCCGAGCUUGUUGCCUGCCCAGCAAUUUGCCAGAUCUGAGGAUGGAAGACCGUUAUUGGGAGCCACCAAGGUUGACCAGCUUAUGCUUGUGAUCCAAGCCAGAGAGAAGGGAAACACUGGAGCAAUCAAGCAGGCUGCUGACGGAAGCAUUCUUGCUCUGCCCAACUCCAACCAUGAGAAGAGUGCGGUUAUACCGCUGACUGUGGAUUUGGUUGGCGGUAUUGAAAAACCUCAGCGUGAAGAAGAGGAGCAGCCUGAAGGCCCAGAACGCAAAAAGAAGCGCAAGGGCAAGACACAACAGUGCCCUUACUGUUUCAAGACUUUCAACCAGUCCACACACUUGGAGGUCCAUGUACGUUCUCACAUUGGAUACAAGCCGUUCCAGUGCUCCUACUGUCUCAAGAGGUUCACUCAGGGCGGUAACUUGAGAACACACAUGAGGCUCCACACUGGAGAGAAGCCUUUUACGUGCGAGGUUUGCAAUCGCUCGUUUAGCAGGAAAGGAAACCUUGCCGCUCACAUGUUGACUCACAAUAAGGAGAAGCCCUAUGAGUGCAAGCUCGACAAUUGCGACAAGUCGUUCACACAGCUUGGUAACUUGAAGUCUCAUCAGAACAAGUUCCACUUGCCCACAUUGAAUCGUUUGACGCAAACUCUUGCUGAACUUAGUGGUGAAGCCUUGGAGCAGUUGCCGCCUGAAGAGAAAGAGCUUCUUACCUACUUCCGCAAGCUCUACAAGAACCUGAACAAAGGCAUUCGUGGACGUGGUCGUGGCGGCAAAGGAGCUCUUGAUGAUGACGCCAUUUCUGGCGAAUCCAGUGUGCAGCUGAGUCCUCAGCAGUUGAAGCUUCCUAGGGCAGACGGACAGAUGCAGAUGUCACAGCAAGGUUCGCCGCUCAUGCCACCGACCGUGCAACGUCCCGACGGAUACUAA